UGACACCGGAAAAAAUGCAUUCUCUAUAAUUGACUCAAUAGCUUUUAUUUAUAAUUAAUUUUUGUAAUUCCAUUUUAUAUAUACAUUAAAAUCACACAUUUGAUUGGAUUUCGUAUUGUUUGGAUGUGCGAAACAAUGAUGUUGCCUCUUUAAAAAUAAAAACAAAAUGAAAUUGUAUGCGACAUGCCCACAAACGUUACAAUCGGUUGGUACAACAUGCCAAAUAUCAAAAAAAUUUGAUUUUUCAUACAACCGAGACACAACUUCGUACAAAAGGGCCAGAAACGAUACAAUCUUGAAUACAACCUCUCCCAGUUGCACAACCAGUUGUAACGUGUGUGGCUUGCAUACGAUUUUGGCUAUGUUGGCUUAUUGAUAUUGAAUUGUGUGAAAUAAAUUAAAUGAAUCAAUUUUGAUUCAACUGAAAUUGGAGACCUGCAUGCUGUGUGGCCAAGUUUUCAAGAAUUAAAAUUGUGUCAAUGCCAUUUUAUUGUUACGAAGGAAAUAAAUGGCAAAUGUCCUUAGCCUUACGACUUCGAAGGGUAUAUAUAAAUGCAUUCGCCCAAAAUGUCCUAAUAGAAAUAAAUGUUUCAGUUCAUUUUUAAUCCAUCUAUCCUGUCCUCAAUUCAUCUUUUUGAUCUGUGUGGUGGGCACCAUAACUCUGCAAGAGUGUAUCAGAUUUAAUGCAAAGUGAACAUCCUGCCAUUUUUACCAAAUGUUCAUGGUGUUUUCCACGAGGGAUUCAAUUAUGUUUUUGAAUGAGGAAUUUUCAUCGAAUGGAUGGCACACAUUCAAUCUAAGUUCUGAGAGUGAUUUGAAUGGAACGAAGAACAAAAAUCUUUAGUUGUGUUCCAGUACUUUUUUAGUAGUAAAACUAGCAGAAGAGAGAACAGUGCGAAAUGUCAUUCUCAUUUAGAUGUGCUCAAAAAAUAAGGGAACGGAAAAUUAGCAGAAAUGGGAUAAAGUGUCAACAUUCAAAAUUCAAAAUGAAAGCAGUCUAAAUCGGACUUGUGAAACCUUAUUGAAAAGGACGCCAAAUUUUAAAAAAAUGAGUAUUGAAGACGAAUGCGUUGAAGAGUAUUUAGAGGUGGAGUUUUCUCAAACCCCAGAGAAGCUAACAUGGUUGGAGGCGCCGGUAAAAUUAAUGUUAAGUCUUCUAGAAGACUUAAUGCCACAAGUUGGGAAGACAGCCAACCUAAAAAAUAAAAAGAAAAUGUUCGCAGUAAUAAGCGAACAUCUUAACCAGACUGGAUACUGUUUUACACCUGAUCAAGUCCACACAAAAUUUCGAUCGUUGGAAAGGCGGUUUAAAAAAAUGAAGCUCAACAUCUCUUUAACAGGCAGGAAUAAAGUAACAUGCCCUUUUGAGCUAGAAUUAGAAAGUAUAUUGAGUGAAAGGAAAUCGCUAAACCCAGAUUAUGUCCUUGAUAGCGAGAAUGCUGAUGGAAAGGAUUGCAAUAACCUCAACAUAAAUGAAGAUUCUGGUGAUAUUGACAUUCCUUCGUGUUCAAAUGCGGCUUUGGAAAAAGAUGUUCCCUUAUGUACCAAGCCCAGUUUAAAAAAAGGUAUCAUAAACGAAAUAUUAAAACAACGUUAUCAUAGGCAAAUUGUGUUAAACUAUUUUCAUUUCAUAUGCAGAAAAUGCAAAUCCAAAGCAACGAACUAUUAAACUAUUGGAUUUAUUGGAAAAAAUUGCUGCACAUAUCUGCAACACAAGAGAUUAAUUGUGUGGUAUAUCUAUACCUGUUAAUAAAUUUCAUGAUAUCCUACACCACUAAUAACUCCAU